UGGCGCUGUCGGUUACCACUCGACAAUAAUAACUAACAAAGACUUGAGGGUGAUGCCGCUGUCUGUCAAAAGUUAUACUGAAGGUAGGAGAGAGUCAAGCCAACAUGGUGUCACAUAUCGUAAAAGAAACAGAGUAUGGCCAGAGCAUGUUGGUAAAGCUCAAUGAAUUCCGUCAAGAGGCUUUGUUUACUGAUGCAAUUAUUUGUGUGGGUCAAGAGGAAUUUCCAUGCCACAAGAACGUCCUGGCGGUUAGUUCUCCCUACUUCCAGGCCAUGUUUACCAGUGACCUAAAGGAGAGCCGCGAGAACAGAAUCUGCUUCAACGAAGUUUCCCCCUGGACUCUGAAACUCGUCAUUGAUUACGCUUACAGUGGUAAGAUUGAAAUCACAUCCAGCAAUGCUCAGGAAAUGUUGGCAGCCGCCUGCCUGUUCCAGUACCCGGCAAUAGUUGAAGCUUGCGUGGAGUUCUUGAUCCAGCAACUGCAUCCUUCCAACUGCCUGGGUAUUGAGUCUUUUGCUCAACUUCACAGCUGCACUGAUCUGCAAGAUAAAGCCAGGCAGUACGCUUUGGAAAAUUUUCUCUCACUUGUUGAAAAUGAUGAGUUUCUUGAUCUCCCAGUGGAGAGGUUGAUAGAGUACGUGUCUAACGAUCUCAUUGAUGUUAGGAGUGAGGAGGACGUCUUCAACGCAGUCAUCAGGUGGAUAGAAUUUGAUUUGGAACAGAGGGAGCUGCAUCUGUGUAAGCUGUUGGAACAUGUACGCUUGACUGAGAUGAAUCUUAAAGUUGUUGAACACAAUCCUCUAGUGAGUGCCUCUGAGAAAUGUUUAUCUUUAAUACAGGAAGCUGAGUUACUAAAGCAAUCAUUCCAUGAGCCGCAAGCAGGCAAAAGACGAAAGAGCAUGCAGGAUAUCCUGAUUCGCCCUCGACCUUCCACUGUUGCCAAAGAAAUGCUAGUGGUGGUAGGCGGUGGGGGUGAAGACUCUACCGCUGUAAGUGUGGAGAGAUUUGACCCUGAUAAGAAAAAGUGGUCGAAUCUUGAAGAACUGCCGGAGGAAGUGACACACUUCAGCGUGGCAGUGUUAGCCAACUGUAUUUACGUGGCAGGGGGGAUCAGUAAUAAUAAAAUCAUAGCCAAAGUUUGGAAGUUUGAUGUCGUGGAGAGGAGGUGGCAGAAGGUUUCGUCCAUGCUCAAACCUCGGGCAAAGCAUGCCGCUGCCAUACUAAAAGAUAAAAUGUACGUAUUGGGUGGGGUGCGAUACGAGGGCAAAAUGCUAACGGUGGAGACGAUUGAAUGCUAUAACCCAGUGAGCAAUACGUGGUCAGCUGCUGGGAGAACUAUGUUCCCACGUAAGGAGUCGUGUGUGGUUCCGUACAACGAGACAAUUGUAGAGGUUGGGGGCUUAAAAGGGGAGGACGCGGCAGAUAAAGUUUUAGAUAGCUAUCACAUUGUGGAAGAUACUAUCCGACCCAGCGGAGAACAGUUCGUUCUGCCGGAGAACAUUCAGUACGCUAAAAUAGUUGUCAUCAACACAGUCUUCUACAUCAUCUGGGAAGAUUCAAACAAGAUGAUUGCUCUCAAUGCUCAGAAAAGAACAUUCAAGCCCCUGCCGAGUAUGAAGUAUUGCCGAACUUUCAGCGGGGCGACGGUGGUGAACGGUAAAAUCUAUGUGGCUGGGGGGCUGGUCAAUUCUAAGCCCACCAACCUGGUGGAGUGUUUUGACCCCAACACGGAGAAGUGGACCGAGGAGCAGCCCAUGAUGGAGGCUAGAGCUCAUCAUGGUUGCAUCACACUUAGAAUGUGUUAGUGUUCUUGGUGAAUUUCCUUGUGACCUAUGUGAACGUGGAGUAUUAUCUCAGAUAGUAAGCUUGCUAAUCAAACCUGGGAGAUGGCAUACAGUGCUCUGAUACCUUGUCUUUGCUCAUUCACCAAAGAGGAAGUUGAUGUUCAUAUUUAUUGGAAAAUAAUUUGAUAUUUUAAGUUGGGUUUUUUUUCCUUUAUAUUAUUUAACAUAAUGCUAUUGCAAUAUAUUGUAUUUUUUUAUGACACUGUUUCAUAAUUAUAAUUUUUUAAUGUAUUUGAAUAGCCAAGCAAAAUCUCCAAUGCUGUAUGAAAUAAGUUAUUUUAAUUUAAAAUAUUUUGGUGAUACAGCUAGUCAUAAAAACAACUGAUUGUGAUACAAAUAACAUUUUUUUUUGCGUGUGUUUAUCAGAACACAUUUAGUCAAUUUAAAAAUCAUUUUGAGAAUUUCUGUAAUUCCUGAAUUAAAUGUGUUGAUUUUUAAUUACGAGAAAAACAAGUCAGUCAAAUUUUGACCUACACCCGACGAAUUAUAUGAUAUUGUCCAUUUUAGGAUGUUGCAGUUGCUAUGUCUUGUACACCAUGGGAUGCUUACCAUACUGAUAUUUCCAUUCAAGUGCCAAUAUUGGGUCAUCACUUCAUGUCUGGUCAUUUGGUCCUUCUCUUUUCCGCGCCCCCUCCCCACCCCCCCAGAGCGUUGGUUGGUUUUCUUUGGACUGUCUGAACCCCACCGUUGGUAGCGCGAGUUGAGCUGUGUACCCCAAGCCUUUACAACUGCUGUCUCAUUGAUUCUUACUCUGCCUAGUCUACCAUCAAGUUUUGAUGCAAAAAACUGGCUAGUCUACCAAUACUACCAUCCACUUUUGCUAAUUGUUAACUGGCUAGUCUACCAAUAAUAACCAUCCACUUCUGAUGCCUAUUAUCUUCAUAUUAUUUGAACACAUUGGUGUCUGUAGACCACUCUCUCUUGUAGUAUUUCAUUGUAGUGAAUGUCUAUGUAACGUCAUUGUACACAUGCAUUUGUCUAGGCUGGUAUGUUGACUAUCACAUUAGGCUUGUGGCAGCCGUAAUGUGCUUUUUAAUAACACAAUACGUCUUUGUUACUGUUAUGUUCACAACAUACAUGCCUAUGUUAUGGUCAUGUGCACCUACAUUGCUAUGGUAGUGUACACAACAUACAUUGUUCUGUUGAUUCACCAAACGUGUGUCAGUAAUCCAUUUACAUAACAAUCAUUCCCAAGCCAAUAACACAACACAUGUCAGUGUUAUGUUGGUGUAUGUCUUAAUAUUAUG